UUAACAAUGAUAACCUCCUCAGAGUAUAAACGUCAAAAGUGACAUUUGUCAAUACAUUUAUCAGUAUAUCUGGAAAGUAGAAAUGAAAGAUAGUUAGCAAGAUUACACAAGGCUGCAUACAAUGGAGUUGGCUUGUGUGGCGCAAUUGUAUGACUGGGGCAAACUGGGAAGUUCCAGCCUUGUCUCACGUUUGCUCUCCUCUAAUAAGAACUUUAAAUUGGAUGAAAACAUCCCUUACGCUGAAUUAUGGAUAGGUACACAUGCCAAGGGGGAAUCAUGCAUGCUCUCAACUGGGGAGACACUACAUAGCUAUCUGAAGAGGAACCCAAGAGCCCUCGGUAGCGUUUUGGACGAUGACCUUCCGUUUCUUCUCAAAGUCCUAUCCAUACGCAAAGCUUUGUCUAUUCAAGCUCAUCCUGAUAAGGAGUUGGCUGCUGUACUUCAUGAACAGAACCCAUUGAUUUACAGGGAUGCAAACCACAAGCCAGAAUUAGCAAUUGCAGUGGACGACUUUGAAGUACUCUGUGGAUUCAGACCUUUGGAGGAGAUAAAAAAUUUUUUAAAGCUCAUUCAUGAACUGCAAGAUAUCAUCCCAAUCAAUGUGUACCAGGGCUUUAUAAGAAACGCAAAUCCAUCAUCGCUCCAAGCGGUGUUUACAUCAUUAAUGACUGCUUCGGAAUAUAGUGUCCGAGGGUCACUUACAAAUCUUAUGAACCGUCUCAAAACAUCAGUCGAUGAAAUUAGAGAUGCACAGUUGUACCCUAUACUUGAAAUGCUUCAGGAACAACACCCAAUGGAUGUAGGGAUUUUCUCAAUUUACUUUAUGAACUACAUUAAACUGAAACCCGGAGAAGCAGUUUUCAUUGAUGCCAAUGUACCACAUGCAUACCUCAAAGGAAACUGUGUUGAAAUAAUGGCCUGCUCGGACAAUGUUGUGAGAGCUGGACUCACUACAAAAUACCGUGAUGUUGAUACCCUAUGUAUGAUGCUAAAUUACAAAUCAUCAACUGCCAGCGAAAUGAUGUUCAAGGGAAAGAGGAUAGAUGAAUACUGCACUGUUUACAAACCACCUGUAAAGGAAUUUUCAAUCACCAGAAUUUUUGCCCCCCCUAGCAAAGAACAUGUGGUCAAGUCGAAUCAAAGUUGCUCCAUUAUUGUCAUCGUACAAGGUACAGGAAACUGUCCUCAACUUGAUAUCCAUCCUGGCACCGUGGCAUUUCUUCCAGCUCGAACUGAAUUGACCAUUUUGACCACGACCCAUAUGCUGCUUUUCCAAGCUUUUUGUCUGAUUUAAAAACAUCAAAACAAUUAUAAUCUUUAACAAGUGCCAUUUUAAUAUGGUUAAUUGAUUAGCUGCUAUUACUAUUGGGCAGAUCCAAAAAUAAACCUUGUGUUGAUACCUUUCUAUAUGAUUUAAUGAGGAAUAAAGUUUAUUUUUGUAUUGUGUAAUUGA